CUUGGCUAUUGCCGGAUCCAUAUGAUUUGGCCCGAAAGGCAGCUUUCAUGACGCGCUGCUUCGCACCCGGGCCAGGAGGGGCUCGCAGUUAUAUGCGGCUUCGUCCGUGCUCCCUCAGAGCGCAGGCGCCGACAGCCGGGCAGCUAUGUCGAUCCGCCCGAGAAGCCUAAACAGAAGCGACUGAUCGGCGUGUAAGAACCGCUUUAUCACGCAGGAGCCUGGGGCCGUAGAUCGGUGGAAGAGGGGGAGGAAGCGCCGUCGCAUCUGCGUCCGGCCGAUUUUUCCUCGCCUUAUCCGCACAUUCAGUACCUGGGCACCUCCGCUCUCCUUCCCGAUGCUUUUCUCCAUCUGAGCCGCGGGGAAUUAUUUCACUUCACUUUGCUUUUUAUUAUUAUUGUUUUUUUAAAUAAAUCAAAGAAACUGCACACGGGUCAUGAUGAUUUUAUUAUCGCUUCAUAACAGAAGAUGCUUAUAUAGCGCUAGUCCCGGGGCGUUGUGCUUGCAGUUUCUGCUAUGGAUCUUAUGUGUCGUUUGCGGAGAGGAGCAGCCGUUCAGCGUGGAGGCCUGGCUGCAGCGGUAUGGAUACCUCCCACCCACUGACCCCCGGAUGUCGGUGCUGCGCUCCGCCCAGACCAUGCAGUCAGCUAUCGCUGCUAUGCAGCGCCUGUACGGCCUCAACAUCACGGGCAUGCUGGACAGAAGCACCAUCGACUGGAUGAAGAAACCCCGGUGCGGGGUGCCAGAUCAGCUGGGAGGGGCUUCCCGGUUCAACGUGCGGAGGCGACGGUACGCCCUCACGGGACAGAAGUGGCAGCACAAGCACAUCACCUACAGCAUAAAGAACUUCACGCCUAAGGUGGGGGCAGAGGAGACGCACAGUGCCAUCCGGAGGGCCUUCCAGGUGUGGCAGGGGGUGACACCCCUGCGUUUCGAGGCCGUCCCCUACAGCGCCCUGGAGAAUGGGCGCCGCGACGUGGACAUCACCAUCAUCUUUGCCUCUGGUUUCCACGGCGACAGCUCGCCCUUUGACGGCGAGGGCGGCUUCCUGGCACACGCCUACUUCCCUGGGCCCGGCAUCGGGGGUGACACACACUUCGACUCGGACGAGCCCUGGACCCUGGGGAACCCCAACCACGAUGGAAACGACCUCUUCCUGGUGGCGGUGCACGAGCUGGGCCACGCCCUGGGCCUGGAGCACUCCAACGACCCCACGGCCAUCAUGGCCCCCUUCUAUCAGUACAUGGACACGGAGAACUUCAGGCUGCCCAAUGACGACCUGCAGGGCAUCCAGAAGAUUUAUGGUCCGCCGGACAAGGCACCGCAGCCAACACGGCCGCUACCCACAGCCCCGCCCCCGCGCUCUCACGCCCCCUUGGACCCCCGCAAGCAUGACCGCCAGACGAGGCCCCCCCGGCUGCCCACGGGUGACAAGCCCCCCUAUGGCGGGGGCCGCCCGGACAUCUGCGAGGGGGGGUUCAACACACUGGCCAUCCUGCGCAGGGAGAUGUUUGUGUUUAAGGACCAGUGGUUCUGGCGGGUCCGGGACAAUGCGGUGAUGCCAGGCUACCCCAUGCAGAUCUCCUACUUCUGGAGGGGUCUGCCCCCCAAGGUGGACGCCGUCUAUGAAAACAGCGAGGGGAAGUUCGUCUUCUUCAAAGGGAACCGCUUCUGGGUGUUCAAGGACACGGUGCUGCAGCCGUCCUACCCACAGGACAUCUCCAUGUUCAGUAGAGGGAUGCCGGCGCAGAGCAUCGAGGCAGCCGUCUGGUGGGAGGACGUGGGCAAGACAUACUUCUUUAAAGGUGACAGGUACUGGCGCUACAGCGAGGACAUGCGCACUAUGGACCCCGGGUACCCUAAACCCAUAUCCGUCUGGAAGGGCAUCCCCAACUCCCCACAGGGGGCGUUUGUGGACAAAGCCAACGGCUUCACAUACUUCUACAAGGGCAAAGAGUACUGGAAGUUCAACAACCAGAAGCUGCGUGUUGAGCCAGGAUACCCACGCUCCAUCCUGAAGGACUUCAUGGGCUGCGACGGCUCAAUGGACCGGGAUCCGGACACGGGUCGGGACCGUGAGCGGCGCCCCCCAGUGGAGGAGGACGACGUGGACGUGGUGAUCAAGCUUGAGAGUGCGGCAGGCACAGUGAAGGUGGUAGCCAUUGUGAUCCCGUGUGUGCUGGCGCUCUGCCUGCUGGUGCUGCUCUACACGGUGGUGCAGUUCAAGCGUAAGGGCACGCCGCGCCACAUACUGUACUGCAAGCGCUCCAUGCAGGAGUGGGUGUGAAGCCCCGCCCUCGCCCGGGACACCGCCCCCAACCUUCUUCAGCUUCUAUUGGCUGUUAGGACAGGGGGGAGUGGCCUUCCACAUAACCACUCCUUAAUCUGAGAGGGGGAGGGGUUCAUUAUCUUCCCUCCCCUUCCUAUUGGCUCAGCGCGUCCGUGAAACGGGGGCAGGGACUUCAGCUCGGGGCCCUUCCCAUGAUGCACUGCGGCGUCAUUUUCUUUGGCGGUAAAAAUCGGCAGCACAUCUACUUCUCAAUUCCCCCCAUUCGCCCACAACUAAAGCAAACUUUCUGGAAGACCUCAGAGGAAUCCCGAAAUCACCCUCCUCUUUAAGAUUUAGUUUUUUUUUUUUUUUAUCCUUCAAGCUAUUUAUUUUCAUGGACAGUUUACGGAUCACCUUUCAAUGAUUCCCACUUCCGAGGGAGAGAGAGGCCCAAACCAAAAACUCUCAUCCCAAAAGAGGACCACUUUCUCUUUAUUCCUUUGCCACUUCUGGAGUUCCUUCUGUCCUCCUUCUGUACUCCUUCUCUCCUCCUCUGCCUCAGGAGCUGGGAGACCCUGACUAUUGUGGCAGCCUGUCCGAAAACAGCAGCACAGGCGAUCUGCAAUGUUUUAUCCGCCUUAAUUACAGAUCGCAUCCUUCUGGUUUUUUUUUCUGUGUUUUCUUUCUUAUGCUGCUUCUAUUUGUACAAAAGAGAAAUGGCCAGGCUGAUCACAGACCCCCUGAGCCCUCGCCUCUCCUCUGACUGACGGGCCUUUGCAUAAAGUGAAAGACGCCAGCGGUGCGCCAUCACGUUUCCGUAAGCGUGCGGCUCGCUCCAGUCGCAACGUAAGGUUAUGAAAAGUGGAAAUGAAGAUUUCCCAUCAUGCUCCUGUCUUCAAUCCAGGGCAGAAUGUUGUUUGCUCUUCAAUUCAGGGGGAAGCUCAUCUCAUUAUUAUUAAAUUCUGCUCAGAUUUUUUUUA